AAAAACUUUAUUCGCAAAAUUAUCCCCAAGGAACAAUUUUGAUAAUACUUCGCACUGAAUGCCCGUAAGCUGUGGCCACCAGCUCCCUGAUUCACAAUUGCGAACGCCCACAGUCCACAGGGUUGGAUUUGACUAUAUAAGAAGGAGGAGACUCUCCAAAUGGUUUAGGGUUCGAUUUGAGAAUUUAACAACUCCUUGACGUUUACUGAGCUAUUCAAUUAACAUUGUGACAGGAUCCCCCUGUUUAAGGAAAACGAACAAUCAUUCACUGAAAGAUCGAAAGGGGUGGUUUCUUCUAUAAUGGAUUCCGAGUUAGUUGUGCAUAACGGUGGGUGCCACUGCAAGAAAGUAAGAUGGCGAGUCGAAGCACCUGCUAGUGUCGUAGCUUGGGAUUGCAACUGUUCUGAUUGCUUCAUGAGGGCCAAUACACAUUUUAUUGUGCCUUUGGAACGGUUCAAACUUUUAGGAGAUUCCAAGAACUUUAUUUCAACCUAUACGUUUGGUACUCACACUGCAAAACAUACCUUCUGUAAAGUUUGUGGCAUUACCUCAUUUUACCAUCCACGUUCAAACCCAGAUGGAGUUGCCAUUACUUUCAAAUGUGUUGAUCCUGGAACAUUGGCCUACGUUGAGAUUAGGCAGUUUGAUGGGAGCAACUGGGAGGCCUCUUAUGGUCAUACAGGCAUUGCUUCAUUUUCUAAGCUAUCUUAGAACAUUAGUUGAUAUGCAUUUUGAUAUUUGCUAUAAUCUAUGUUUAUGACUGUUGACACGAACUUUAUUUAGACUUGUAUUUGUAUCAAAUGUAUAUUCGUAUUCUCGAGUCUCGAGUCUUGUAUGCUGCCACACCAUAUUUCUA